UCCACCUAGUGGAAUUCAGUAGUAAUUACCAGAAACUUCCUGAAGCCUCUGGAGCGCCUCCUCUAGAAUAUAAAGCUCGGACAGCCCCACUGACUGACAGAAAGCUGCACAAGAAACACAGGAGUGAAGAGACGCCUGAACAACAAGAAGACUCAAAACUAAACAGAAGGAAGAUGCUGUGCUCUCAUGGAUUCCCGUCUGCCCUCAGUCCAUUCAUGGACUUCUCCUGGCCUGUUCGCAGUCUGUGGCCAGAGGUCAGACCUCUGUUCUACCAGCAGCAUGUCAUGCAGAGAGACCUACAGGAGCUGCGCAGCAGUCUGCAGCUGAUGGACAAACUUCAACGCCAGAUCCUGGAGGACACAGAGCCUUUCAGGAGCAGCGUGGCUCUGCAGCCAGUCUCCUACCAGCUGGACAAAGAGGGAGAGCACUUUGGCCUAACCCUGGACACUCAGGGCUUUUCUCCAGAAGAUCUGUCAGUCCGGCAGGUGGGCAGGAAGCUGAGAGUCAGCGGGAAGACGGAGAAGAAACAAGAGGACGGGAAAGGCUCCUACUCCUACAGCCUGCAGGAGUUCAGACAGGAGUUUGAUCUGCCUGAAGGGGUGAACCAUGAAGACGUCAGCUGCCACCUUUCUCCUGAUGGAAAGCUCCACAUCCAGGCGGCCAAAGUUCCUUGUAUCGAGGGAACAGAGAGAGAGCUGACUAUCAAGAGGAGCUCAGAGGAGGAACCACAGCAGAGUGUGUGUUCACAGGAAAAGGACAGCAGAGCAGAAACACACAAUGGAUCAUAAACAAACCUGAUAAUAUGGACUCACAUACAUGUUGAUGUGCCAAU